UACCCAACAGGUCCAGCUGAAGCUGCAAACAUGGCUUCUGGGUGCAGCUUGUCAACUCUAUUUCCUCUUCAAAGUGUACUCGACGACGCAUUAAAUGACGCCGCGACACAAGAGGCGAUGGAAGCUCUCGUCUUCGAGUAUCUGAAAGACAUGGACGAGAGGGAAGAACUCAAGAUGCCUGACUUUGACACCGGUCUGGAAUGGCUUAACACGGAGGGCCCGCUGUCUUUCAGCAAGGAGCUGGCGGGAAAAUUGGUAGUACUGGACUUCUUUACCUAUUGCUGCAUCAACUGCAUGCACAUCCUGCCAGACCUUCACCAUCUUGAGCAGAGUCACUCAGUCCAAGAUGGACUGGUUAUUGUUGGAGUACAUUCUGCCAAAUUCCCCAAUGAAAAGGUUCUGGACAAUGUCCGCAGCGCCGUGCUCCGCUACGACAUCCGCCACCCGGUGGUGAACGACGGCGACGCGAGUCUCUGGCACCAGCUGGAGGUCUCCUGCUGGCCCACGUUGGUGCUGGUGGGCCCGCGGGGCAACUUGCUCUUCACGCUGGUGGGCGAGGGCCACCGCGACAGAUUAAGGCUCUUCGCCGACGUCAGCCUCCGUUACUACCGGGAGAAGAAGCUGCUGCUGGCGCACCCGGUGGGCGUCAAGCUCUACCGGGACUCGCUGCCUCCCAGCAUCCUGUCGUUUCCCGGGAAGCUCUGCGUGGACCGCGCCGGCGACAGGCUGGCCAUCGCCGACACGGGACAUCACCGCAUUCUGGUGGCGUCCUCCACCUGUCAGGUGUUGCACAUCAUCGGAGGCCCUGAAAGCGGAAGGCGAGACGGCUCCUUGUCUGAAGCCUCCUUUAAGUCCCCUCAGGGCGUGACCAUGAAGGGCGACGUCAUCUACGUGGCCGACACGGAGAACCACCUGAUCCGAAAGAUCGACCUGUCGGAAGGGCGGGUCAGCACGCUGGCCGGCCUCGGCGUCCAAGGUACGGACAAAGACGGCGGCGCCAUGGGAGACGAGCAGCCCAUCAGCUCUCCCUGGGACGUAGCGCUCGGAACAGCUGGCGGCGCGGAGGACAACGUGCUGUGGGUGGCCAUGGCGGGAACCCAUCAGAUUUGGGCACUGUUCCUAGCAGAUGGGAAACUGCCCAAAGGAAGCGAGUGCAAAGCGGGCACGUGCGUGCGAUGGGCCGGCAGCGGCAGCGAGGAGAACCGCAACAACGCCUACCCGCACAAGGCGGGCUUCGCCCAGCCUUCGGGUUUGGCCGUCGCCCCCGAGGAGCCGUGGGGCUGCCUCUUUGUGGCGGACAGCGAGAGCAGCACAGUGCGCACGCUGGCGCUGAAGGACGGCGCCGUCAAGCUGCUGGUUGGUGGCGAGAGAGACCCCACGAACCUCUUUGCUUUCGGGGAUAUGGACGGGAAGGGCGUGGAGGCCAAGCUGCAGCAUCCGCUGGGCGUGGCGUGGUCGCCGCAGCGAAACUUGCUCUACGUGGCCGACUCCUACAAUCACAAGAUUAAAGUAGUGGACCCCAAGACGAAGCAUUGCAGCACUUUGGCCGGCACGGGCGAAGCGGGCGACACCGUGGGUCCAGAUUUCGCCGUGUCCCGCUUCAACGAGCCCGGCGGCAUCUGCGCGGGCGUCGGCGGCAACCUCCUCUAUGUCGCCGACACCAACAACCACCAAAUCAAAGUGCUAGACCUCGGCUCCAAAAGCGUCUCGCUGUUCCCCCUUGUCUCGGACUGCGUAGACUCGGGACGCGCUAACGUGAAGGCUCCCAGCAAGACCCCGAAGAUGCCCCGAGGGGCCGUCAGGAUCGACCUGCCGCCGGUGUCGGCUAGUGCCGGACAGACCGUAGUCCUGUCGCUCGCGUUGUCGCUUCCCCAAGGAGCCAAACUCACCGACGAGGCGCCGAGCUGCUGGGCCCUCUCUGCCGAAGACGACGAGUGGCUUCUAGACGCGCAGGCGGUCACUGGCGCCAUCACGGAUCUGUCCAAGCCGCUGCGCGUCGCCGCCAAACUUCCGGACGUUCCGAAGAAACAGCGCGCGAGUCUCACGCUGAGCAUCUGGCUGUACUUCUGCAUGGCGGCGGGGGCGACCUGCACCAUGAGAGCGGCGGCCUUCUACCAGCCUCUCCAGCUCAAUGACAAUCCUGCCACGGACGAGGUUACUGUGACAUUGACACAUUCCCUCUAAAAAAAACAAAAUAAUCACAAAGCCUUAGAUUGUUUAAAUAAAAAACUAACUUACUACAAUAAUGUUGCGGUUAAACAAAAGGAGCAUGGUUACUAUUUUGCAUAAUUGAUUAUGGACAAAAUUUUUAAAAAAUCAGAACGUCCUGAACUCAGCCGGUAGACGCUCGCUUCAGAACCAAAACGUUCUCUCGGGCUCUCGUCGGCCAGCUGACAGAUGAGCUCCAGAUGCUUUUUGACCGCGGCGUCGCUCCAUUUGGGUAAAAGCGGGAUGCUUGCGAACCUGAUUUUCAUAAGCUGCAGUGCCCACGCUAAAAGCACUCCAUUACAUCAGAGCAGUAAUGGACAUUUAUUGUGACAAAUCAAAGCUCUAAUGCUCCUUGAACAAGAGCCGCAGCUUGAAAUAUGCAUGCCGGACUUUAUUUACGCAAGGAGUGAGGUAACAUGAUGUCACAAUCGGAACAGAAAAACCAUUUAGUACUACUCGUGAGAUUAGCAUCUCUUUUGCAAGUUUGUACAAACUGAUUGCGCCAUUGCAAAUAUUAUGUUCCAAAGCGCAGCACACUUGAAAGGUCGCUAAUAGCCCGUGAAAUGUUGCCAAUAUCAAAAGAGCUGAAAUGAACAAACCUUUAGAAGAAUCUAAAAAUGUCACAAGACAUUUGCACCCUUAAGUGCCUUGAAAAACGGUUGGCAAUAAUCUUUUUAAAUGCAAUGUUUUGUCUAUUGCUCAAAAUCAACUGCUUGUUUUUUGCUGUUUGUUUUAUAUCUUGUAAUAUCAUGGGAGAGGGAUGAUCAUGUGACUCCAUAGACCUGCUGUCCUCUCAGCUGUGGUCCCCCCAUGGGGUAGGUCAACAUUCAGGGGCCACUGUUGUGUCAAAGCAAGGACACAGUGGUUCUUUUCUGCACUUCAAUUUGCCCUAAUCGCAGUGACGGUCUCAAGGGGGACGACACGCCCCCUGACCCGAUCAUUUAUCUUUGGUGUGACGUAAGCACACAGGCAGUCCGGAAUGGUGGUGCCUCUGCCUCCUGAGGGAUUUUGAUAUGUAACAACUCUGUCUGUCAAAACGAAAUAAAGAAUGCAAGCCUGAAA